CACACACACACACACACACACACACACACACACACACACACACACACACACUGGGCGGGGCCACUCAGAGGCUGAGUAAUCAUCUGCACAGUUUGUUGGUGCUGGGUUUUGCUUUAGCUCCUGGUCUGAUGGUUCUGCUUCUUCCUGCGUGUGCUCACUCAGACGGGAGUUCGAGGAGGGUCCGACGAAGGUCCGGAGACCAGAACCUCAUCAUCAGCUCCCCGCCGCCAGACUCACGACGAUGAAGGCAGGUGAUGAUGAAGGUGAACAGUCCUCCCAGCAGCCGGGCGGAGAAGCAGCAGGAGGGAAGGUUCAGAGCAAGCUGAGCGCAGCCGCCUCCGCCGCCUCCUCUUCCGGAUCGGGCUGGACCAAAGUCAGCUGCCCCUGUUGUGUUUCAGAGUGGGUCGAGCCGCUGGUUCUGUUGAAGCUCGGGCCGAAGGUGGGCCCGGAGACCAAGCGAUGGGUCAUCAAACUGAUCGGAGCGCCUCAGAAAGAUGGAGGCGCCGGUCUGUUGGCCCACCCGGGCGAGGACGCCUGCGGGAACAUCAUCGUGGUGUCGGCGCCUCGGUGCACGUUGCUGCGAGCCGCCGAGGAGCUGGGUCUCUGUAAGACCUACGAGAACGGAGACAUGGAGGCUUUUUCCUACAGCGACAGAGACAAUUUUAAAGAUUCAGACAACAUGGAGGUGUUUCUGACCUCGGCGGAGCGACAGUACAUGGUGAAGUACGAGCUGGACGGCUUGAGGGCGCAGAGGGACCUGAGGGUACCGGGUCUGUCUGAAAGCUGCGUGCUGCUGAAACGGGACAACAUCUGGCGGAAGCUGGGAUCCUUCGGCGUGAUUGUCGACACGCUUCCUCUCCACAACCCCAAGAAGCUGAAGGAACUUGGCGAGGGCUGGUACGCCGGGAAUCAGCUGGUUCAGCCGCUGGACAGAAUCAACGAGUAUUUUGGAAGCUGUGUGGCGUUUUACUUCAGCUUCCUCGAUUUCUACACCUGGUCUCUGCUUCCUCCAGCCAUACUGGGCAUGUCCAUUGCGUACUUCUCAGGUGAUGUUCAGAGGGAGAUGGUGGAGUCGGUCUCAGGCUCCAAGGCUGCAGAGGACCAGGGUGAACCGGGCCUGGUGAUCAGCGGUCACAUGGUCCAGGCGGUGUUCAGCAUGAUCUGGUCCACCGUGGUCAUGGAGCUGUGGAAACGCCGGAGCUCCUCGCUCUCGUACCGCUGGGGGACCAUGAACCUGGCCGAGCGCUUCGCGGAGCCUCGGCCCGAGUUCCACGGCGAACUCGGGGUCAACCCGGUCACGCGUCGCGUGGAGCCGCUGUUCUCCGAGGGGCAGAGGCACCUGCGGAUGGCGCUGGUGUCGGUCCCGGUGGUGGGGCUGUUUUUAGGUCUGGUGGUUCUGGGGAUGACGUGCUUCUACUGGGGGGAGGCCCGGGUCCAGCAGCUGCACAAAGACUGGGACUCUCUGCUGUCUAAGGCCUUGCUCUACGUGCCCUCGGUGCUGCACAUCGUCUACACGAACAUGCUCGCCACCGUGUACAAGACGGUGGCUCAGUCUCUGACUGAAUAUGAGAACCACAGAGAGGAGUCGGCGUACGAGAACCACCUGACUGGUAAAGUCUUGGUGUUCACUUUCUUCAACUACUUCGCUGUGCUCUUCCACAUCGCCUUCUUUAAGCAGGACGUGCCACUGCUUCGUAAGCGCCUAGCCUCGUUGCUGAUCAUGUCUCAGCUGGUGAAUCAGGUGACAGAGAUAGUCAUCCCUUACCUGGUGGACCGGUUCAUUAGCGCCCCCAACAGGAUGGAGUCCGAAGACGACCCAGAAGAGGAUAAAUUCAGGAACCAGCGAUCCCUGCCUCCUUUUCCUGGCCUGUUCGGAGAAUACAUCGAGCUCCUGGUGCAGUUUGGGUAUUUGAGUCUUUUCUCCUGCGUCUUUCCCCUGACCGCCGUCCUGCUGCUCCUCAACAACCUAACAGAGAUCCGAUCGGACGCCUACAAGAUCUGCAAGCUGUUCCGCAAACCCUUCUACCCCCCCGCGUCCGACAUGGGCGUGUGGCAGAUUGCCUUCGAGGUCCUGAGUUUCGUCUCAGUCGUGUCGAACUGCUGGCUGCUGGUGCUGUCGCCACGUUUGCAGAAGAAGUGUCAGGACGGAGAGAUGAGCAGCACCAACCUCCUGCUGGGGGCCGUCAUCGUGGAGCAUUUCCUCAUUUUAGUCAAGGUGAUUCUGGCCGCUCUGAUCCCAGAUGAGCCCGGCUGGAUCCGAAAAAAGAGGGAGCACAUCGAGUACACAUCCAUGCAGGCCCUAAAACACCAGAAGCUGCAAACUGAAGAGUCCUAGCUUUGUUUCAACGUGGAGCUUCACAGCGCCCGGUUUCAAGUGUUUUUGUUGCCUUCACUAACCAACACGGUGCCUCUGCAAUUAAUAUAAAGCUCUAUCCUGCAAGUGCAGCUAAAGUGUUUUAUUUUUAUAUAUAUGAAGCAGCAAAGAGAAUGUGCUGGAUUUUAUUUUCAGCAUCAAAGUGUUGUGAUGAAGACGUUUACAGAAAAUAAAUAUUCAGGGUUUAGGGUCUGAUGAUGUGUUCAGAGCUACCGCCUUGUAACGAGCUUGUUUGUGUUCACGAGCCAUAAUUAGAAAACAGUAUCAAUAAUGGAGUUUCAGCCAAAAAAUAAUAAAUGAUUCAACCACAUUCCACUCCAACAAA